AAAAGACAAACACUACAUGAUUAAACAUAUAUGGGGUAGACAAAGGAGUCAAAUUCCUUGAGAGAGAAAAUAGAACUGUGGUUGCCAGGAGCUGGCAGGAAGAAGGAAGAAGGAUUGGUUGUUUAGUAGGUACAGAAUUUCAAGGUUUUCAACUUGAAAAGAGUUAUUUUUUUACUAGAUUAAAAAAAAGUCAUACUCAUUAAAAGAAAAUACCCAGUAUGCUGCCGGACACUCGGCAAUCUCACCACUGAUGCAGCUCUAAAGCCCGGACACUGCUGCCUGUUUGGGGAGGAAGUGAUGGGCCCGGGUGGGAGCAUCUCCUGGGCAGGGACCAGGCCAGCCGUAUCCCUUCUGGUCUCCAGGUCAGCAGCCCAAGAUGCUCAGUGUUGGGGGAAGGAGUGAAGGCAUGAUUGGCUGCUGCCUUCACGUCACCCAGGAGCCCCUUCUUGUCUUCUGCCCCAGACGCUCACACAGACCCUAAAGAACCCUACAUCUUGCAGGACCGACCACCCGAGGGUCUAGGACGCCCAGAAGCCCUCUGUCUCAGAGAUGCUGCCGCUGCUGCUGUCCCUGCUGUGGGCAGGGUCCCCGGCUCGGGACAGGAGAUACCAGCUGGAAGUGCAGGAGUCCGUGACAGUGCAGGAGGGCCUGUGUGUCCGCGUGCCCUGCUUCUUCCACUGUCCCAGGGACUACUGGGACGACUCUGUCCCAGCUUUCGGCUACUGGUUCCAGGAAGGGGCCAGAACCCACCAGGAUCGUCCAGUGGCCACAAACGACCCAGAUUGUGAGGUGCUGACGGACAUCCAGGGCCGAUUCCACCUCCUUGGAGACCCCUGGACCUACAGCUGCUCCCUGGACAUCAGAGAUGCACGGCAGGGAGACACGGGGACAUACUUCUUUAGGGUGGAGAGAGAGCCUUUUGUGAAAUAUAGUUAUUUAGAGAACAAGCUCCACCUGCAUGUAACAGCUCUGACACAGACACCCGACAUCCACGUCCAGGGGACCCUAGAAUCUGGCCUCCCCAGGAAUAUCACCUGUGCAGUGCCAUGGGCCUGUGAGAGGGGGCCACCCCACACCUUCUCCUGGACCGGGGUUGCCCUCACUUCCCUGCACCCCAAGAGCCCCCACUCCUCAGUGCUCACCCUCACCCUGGGGCCCCAGGACCAUGGCACCAACCUCACCUGUCGAGUGACCUUCCCCGGAGCUGGCGUGAGCGCAGACAGAACCAUCAGGCUCAACGUGUCCUAUGCUCCACAGAACCUGGACAUUCUUGUCUUCCAGGAAAAUAGCACAGUCCCAGAGAUCCUGGGCAAUGCCACCUCCCUUCGAGUCGUGGAGGGCCAGUCCCUGCGCCUGGUCUGUGUUGUCGACAGCAACCCACCCACCAGGAUAAGCUGGGCCCGUGGGUGCCUGACAGUGAGCCCCUCACAGCCUUUGGAUCCUGGGGUCCUGGAGCUGCCCCACGUGGUCUUAGGGGAUAGAGGAGAAUUAACCUGCCAAGCUCAGCACCCGAGGGGCUCCCUCCGUGUCUCCCUGAACCUAGUUGUACAGGGUGUCUCCUCUUCCUUCCCCCAGGUCUCUGGGGAGCAGAGAGAGGGCUCCUGGCCCCUGGUCCUCACGUUGCUCAGGGGGGCCCUGAUGGGGGCUGGUUUCCUUCUCACCUAUGGCCUCACCUGGAUCUACUAUACCAGGUGCAGAAACUCACAAGGGUUGAGAGGUGUGACUGAGUUCCCUUCUUCACAGUGGUGCUUCAGAGGUCUAUGAACAAGGAGGUCCCGGAUGACUUGAACCUGCUUCCUUUCCAGAAAUAAUAUCUCUUCACAUCUGGCCUCCAGGUUUCUUCCUGAUAGUUCUACAUGAGUGGUUGUGAGGGCAAGGAGGAAAUAGGUAUUUUUAUUAUUAAAUUGAACUAUGCUCCA